UCAUUUAAAUUAAUAUCACAUCACUCAUUUAACACUGCCAAACUUGUCGACUUUUUUAAAACUAGCAUACAAUUUUUCAGUAAUUAUUUAAAAAAUAAAAUGUCCUUUGUUUUAUAAUCUUUUUAUUAUGAAUAACACAUCAAUGAGAUAUAAAUCAACGAAUGUUGAAGAUGAUGAACAAAAUCAUCAAAAAUUUAUUAAUCUUGAUGUUGCGAAUCACAACAAAUAUUUGAAAUGUAAUUUGCAUAAUGUAAAUGAAUUGAUAGAAACUCGUAAAAAACUAUUGAAUGAAGAGAGAAUCGAAUUACGAUGUACAUUGUCAGUAGCAGAGUGGAAAGAUAACUUAAAACUAGCUGAAGUUACUAAAGUGGCAAGAAAACUCACUAAAAAUUUUAGUCAUUCCUUUAAUAAAAAACUAUACUUAUAUCCAGAAGAAUGUUUGUUUUUACUAGAAAUGUUUUUUUUUCAGAAAUGUUUAUUAUUAGAGGAAAAUGGUAAAAAGUUUUCUAUUCAAAGUGCUUAUAAUACAUUAUUAGCAGAAAAUAGUGGUUGUACUUUUGAGCAGUAUAGAACUUAUGCUUUUUUACUAAAAUUAGGAUUUAGAGUAUUUAGGCAUGACAAAGACUUAUUUAAUCGAAAUAAAAUUGAAUAUGGUCCUCAAAAUUUGAUUAUAAUACGAGAAUUACCUUGGUCUAAAAAGAAACUAACUUGUAAUAAUAUACCAGUCAGCAAAAAUUCUAAUUUUUAUAGGAAGUUAUUUCCAAAGCAUAAGAACGGGUGGAUAAAUCUUCAUAAACCUCCUAGUAAAUAUUUACCUAGUGGCCUGCAACCAUAUUAUAACACCUAUUCAUUUAAUUUAUGUCAAAAGUCAAAUCAAUUGAGAAUAAUUGAAAUGAUAAGUAAAAGUAAAAAUGAAGAUAUUCAACAGCUUAAUACUUUAAAUAACCUUAAUAAUUCAUUGCAAUCUAAAGUGGAUAAUUAUCAACUAAAGUAUGAAGAAAAUAAACCUAGUAGCUUGCUACCAAAGAAAGAAGGUUGUAACAAUAAAAGUGUUCCUUUAAUACUUUUGGAUAGUGAAUGUAAUUCAGUUAAACGGAAAGUAGUAAUUAAUGAUAACCUACAAGGGGAUAUAAAAAGAAUAAAAUCACAAUCAAACAAUAAUAAACCUGUAUUAUUUAUUAAUAAUAGAGAUUAUUCUCAUGGUAGUUUAUCAAAUUUUUCACAAAAGGAAUUUAUAGAAGUAAAGUCAAAAUUGAGUUGUCCAUUACUUGUCAAUCAAGGAUCAAAUACAAAACAGGAUUUACCUGACCUCAUAGCAAAAAAGUUGUAUGCUGUUAAACAGAAAAUCAAUGAAAAGGGUAGUGAAACAAAUAAAAUUAAUCAACAUGAAUUUCAUUUUGAUGUUUAUUAUCCAGAACAUGAUUUUCCAAAAACUAAUAAACCAUUACCUGACUUUAGAGUCGCUAUAUUUAGUUUUGAAGAUUAUAUUCCAAAUAUGUUUCAAAUAAAUUAUUCUUGUGAGUUUAAUAAUGUACCAGUUUUAUGGGCUGUGGUUCAUUCAGAUUCUGUUUCAUUCUAUCAUUUAAAUAAUAUUGUUCUUCCAAAACCAAAUGAAUGGGAACUUCAAGAUACAUGAAAAAUUAAAUAUUAAAAGAACUGUUAUCUAUGUAUAGAUUUAAUUAUGAUUAUAAAAUACAAAAAUUAAAUUGAAAAUAUA